AAUCGUAUUAAGGCAAGAAUCUGACCGCUUUGAUGCGGGAGAUAAUUAUGCUAUAGGUGAUACUGAGUUAGAAGACGAUAGUCCUAAAUCUGACUAUGAAUCUGAAUCUAUUCCUGAGGCAAAUGGUUUUAAACCCUAA